AUGAGCAAAGCUAUAUCGAAAUCUCAGUUGAAAGUCAUCACAAAAGCUAUCAAUAAACACUAUCCAUCAAGCUAUGCGGACAGCAGUUGGGACAAUACUGGUCUUUUGAUUGAUUGUUCAAAAAACGAAAACGUUACAACCGAAGUAAAAAAACCGUUAGUUUUACUCACUGUUGAUUUAACGUCAUCGGUUGCGCAAGAAGCAAUUGAACGUGAUUGCAAUGUAAUUCUUGCCUACCACCCCUUCAUAUUCCCAAGCUGGAAAAACCUGAAUCCGUCACGUAAUUCCCAGCACGAUAGCGCCAUCAAAUUAAUACAGCAGGGCAUUUCCGUUUAUUGCCCACAUACCGCCGUUGAUGCAGCCAAGGAUGGAGUAAAUGAUUGGCUUUCCCAUGGCCUAGUCGCUCACGAGCGCACAAUGAUCGCUUCAAGUGAGUCUAUUGAGUCUAUUAAGGAUAAGCCGAUAAAUGGAGAAGAUAGCACAGAAGUGGGAUAUGGCCGUUUGGUAAAACUAGCCAGCCCUUUGACUUUGAAACAAGUAAUUAAGAACGUCAAGAACUCUUUGGGAAUAGACCACUUACAAGUUGCAUCUCAUUAUGAGCCUGCCAACCAUUCGAUUAAGACGAUCGCACUAUGUGCUGGCAGUGGCAGUGGUGUUUUCAGAUCUCUGAGAGAAGAUGUGGACCUUUAUUACACUGGAGAGCUUUCUCACCACGAAAUAUUGAAAUAUAAAGAAAUGGGCAAAAGCGUAAUCAUAUGCAACCAUUCGAACACAGAACGUGGUUAUUUAAGAGAGCAAAUGUGUCACAUACUGAAAAGCGAAGGUGUUGACUGCAUCGUCAGUGAGAAUGAUAAGGACCCUCUUAAUGUAGUCUAA